UGGCCAUGGACCUCACGCGGACAUCUGGUUCCUGGAAACUGGAGGGCUGCAUCCCCACGCAAUAUGCCAGACGGGCGCGGCGCUUUAUGUUCGUCAAACGCUCCUCCCGGCAGCGGACUCCUCGUCCUUCCCUCCAAAAGGCUCCGCGCAGGCUCCUCGUUUCGACUACGGGAACUCAGGAAACCCUAACUAUCUGCAGUGGUUGGCUUUUUGUUUACAGAAUAACUUAAUAUCGGUUUGGUGGAGAUUGUAAUGUUCAAGUGAUGGAUGAAAGGGAGAUACCGAUUUCAUCUGAAAUCCGCGAUGGGGAGACGCCGUCUAGGUGCGAGUUAUUGUCUAUGGUGAAAAAAUACUCGAACUUCUCAGAAUCAACAUCAGAUGAUCAAGAUGCUUCAGAUUCAAAAAUGGAUGAAAGGUUUUGGCAUGAAGUGUUAGAUAUGUAUUUUGUUCGUGGUGCUGCAUCAAAAGAAAGGCUGGAGGAUGACCUCAUCUUCUUUGUUAGAAAUAUGGGUUUGAAUGGAUAUAGUUUUAAAGGUGAUUUGGAGAGCGGAGCUUCUUUUUUUGUUCGUAGGUUCGCUCCCAAGUUGGAAAAAAUCCUUGGUGAUGAUUCUGUACAUGUUGAUUGGAGGCGUUCAUUCUAUUUGAACUUGAUCGCGCAUACAUCAUACACGGUGACUGUUGCGAUUUGCAGCACUCAGUCUCUCCUCAGCCACCAAAUUGGGGAAGAUACAUCAUUGUCUUCUAUUUACAAGGUUGUGAAGACUGUGUAUGCAUCUCCUAGCCGUGUCAACUUUCAACUGGGAUUUAAAAAGGCUGUAGAGACUCUGCCCGCCUACCCUGAUAUUUGCUUUGCAAUUGAUGAUUUUGAUGACACUUUUGAUGCUGUUGUUUUGUCAGAAGCAAAUCAUUGCUAUUGUGUUCUGCUUAAUGCGCAUGGUGGAGCAGCUUUUCCUGAAGACUCAUCUGGACAUGAAACUAACUCUUAUGGCUCUGCCAAGCAUAGUAAUUCUGAUAAAGGCACGCUUCCUAAGCUUACUCUUUUUUCUGGAUUUGUCAGCUAUCAGAUGGUUCUAGAAGCAUAUGAAGCUGGAAGAUCAUCCUUUGGGAGCAUUUUAUUUCCUGGCAAUGCUUCAUCUAAAACAGAUCGCCUUUACAUGAGGGGUCCAGGUGGGCGUGGGGAGGUGGAAGUUGCAGUUUCUGGAAUCACAGAUCAAAGUUACCAGAUUAAUGGUCCACAGUCACCACUUCAAAUGUCAAAAAGGAGUUUUGGGCUUGGUACCAUUGUUAAAGCAGCUUCUGCUGCUUCAGUGUUAGCAAAACAAGCUUGUACCGCUGCCUCUACAACAAAGAAGACUGAUAAAGAGCUUUUGCCGCUGAAGUGCUGUCUAAUGUCUAUAUCAUUGCCAUGGGAGUAUAUUGCUCACGACCUUCUUUUUAAGGAAAGCCCUCCAGUGAAAUUAUGAGCCAAUUGAAACAGGUUCAGCUUCAUUAUUCCUUUGUAUAUAAGAGAAUGGUUAUACAGAAAACAUUAGUCAUUCAUAAUGUUACAUAUACAUAGACAUAUAGCCUCUGCAGUGCAUCUAUUGUUUUCCUUGUUCAGCAAAUUCUUUUCUGUUUUGUCCUCAUCGAAUGGGUCCUUCUGAUAUAAUUGUGAUGAUUCUUGGAAGUGGAAUUGAAUGGAGAAAAAAGCUUCUUUUUUU